AUGGACAGGCACUCGACAACACAACUGCCAUACCUCUGCAACUGGUGCUUGGGCCAGGUCUCUAAUCAGGACCAAGCGGUAUUUACUGACUGCGCAUGCUUGUUUUGCUCUGGAACGUGUGCUUCCCAGUUGCGUCGGGGUCCGCUGUGUAGCGUCUGUGCGCAACCCGGUUGCCGCCUCUAUCGCGUUGGAAAAGAUGGGAGCGGCCUGCCGCUAACCCACCGACGGUGUCUAUUCGCCAGCGCUGCGAGCCUUAUCGAUGAGAUGCAGCGUGCACUCGCUUUUCGUGAAGCACAGCUCCAACGAUUGCGGGAGCGCAUCCUGGAUCGAGGCGUCACCGAAGGGAUGCGCUCGACAGCGCAAGCAGAGAAGCGUGCGCAGCGCUCGAGUCGUGCUCCAGAGGCCAGUGUAUUUGCACUGGGGAUGCCCGGGCAUAUCCAUCAAAUCCACGCUGCCGUGUCGCAAAACGGAUCGAAAGACAUCGCCCACUGGGAAGCGCAAGCCUCUACUGCCACGCCUAUUUCCAGAGCGCAGCAGCAGCAGCAGCAGCAGCAGCGUGCAGCCCUGUCAUGUGUGAGACGUAAUGCAGCUGCGGAAAAAGCGGAAACGCUGCGUUCUGCGGAUGUACGUUCCGCCGUGGCAGCACUCGAGCGAAGCACACAAGCAUCCGGCGUAUCGUCGUCGGUGCGGACGGUACGUUCGCAGCAAACGGUCCGCUCGUAUGGCGACCGUUUGGAGCGUAUUCGAGAACAGAUGCUGUAUGGACCCUAUCGGCGGCAGCUUCAGUCAGAAAGAACACCUCUGGUGCCGCCCGUGCCUCGUUCAGGAAUUUCGUACAUCGGCCGUGCGCGCCUUGGCCUGCCACCGGCUGGCGAUCGACGCCAAUCCGCUCUUCAUCGAGCAAAUAUCCCUGGACUGGCCACCAAGCGCAUAUGGAAACAACGUUCGGCUUCGGCUUCGAACUGGAUGCAUGCUCCCGGUUCGGCUGCUGUCCAAGCGUCUUCGUCAGGCGCGGGUUCUAUUGUGUCAACGCACUGUCAGGGGUCCAGAGUUGUAUCCUCCGAGGUACAGCGUGUACCGUCGGAGAUCUCGACGAUUCGCCCGACCGCAUUGUCCAUGAAUCCAUUGCACUGGUUGAACUGGAAGAGCGCUGAUCGUCGACCGGCGAAUGUGCAGCAUCAGGCAUACGAAGAAGAACAGCAACAGCAAUCGCAACAGCAGGAUGCAUGUGCACAGUCCGUGCAGACCCCACGAUCCGCCUCGAGCACAAUUCGUAGCACCAAGCCAUCACCGACAUGCGAGCACCCAUCUGCAGCGUAUACCGCUCAUCGUAGUCCGUAA